AUGUCUAAUAUGAGAAAAGCCCAAGAAGAAAUUAAUUACCAGUAUCCUAACAUUCAAAAUAUAAGAUGUAUUACCUACUAUAUCAAUCUUAUUGCAUGUAAUAUUAUUGCAUAUAAAUUUGCCAACAAAUUACUUCACUGUAUAAAUAUUCUUGUAACAUUCUUUUGUAAUAAUAGCAGAAUAGGUUCUAAAAUUCAAGAAAUGAUCAAAGCUUCAGAUAUUAGUGAUGGAGGCUUAAAGUUAUAUUCAUAUGAGAAGGAGGAGGAGGAUGUGGAUGAACUUUCAAGAACUUUAAGUAGUGAUAUUAUUAAGAAUAUUAUAGUGAUAAUCGAAUUCUUAACUAUUGAACAAAUAAUUAACCUUAAUAAUCAUCUUAUUAUUAAUAGUUUAGGAAGAAUUCCAGAAGAAGAUAUAGAUAUUUUAGAUGAUGAUCAAACUUCUACAGUUACUAAUAAUAGUAAUAAUGAAACUAUAGUAGGAAGAGAAGUUUUAAAUUUUAGUAAUGAUGAUUUAUUAGAAGAAUUUGAGUUUUGGCUAUGUCACAAGAGUUUUGGCUAUGCCAAAAGGGUUUUGGCUAUGCCAAAGAAUUUUGACUAUGCCAAAAAGAUUUUGACUAUGCCAAAAGAGUUUUGGCUAUGCCAAAAGAGUUUUGGCUAUGCCAAAAGAGUUUUGGCUAUGCCAAAAGAGUUUUGA